AAAUUCUAUUUUUCUUCCUUUCCCUCACAAUAUAUAAAAGGGAUCCCCCCAUCUCGGUUCAAGGAGUCGAGAGCUUUAGGAUUUGCGCUUUUGGUGGCUUCAGCAAGAAACAAUGGCGUUCAUCAACAUUUCUUCUCCUUCAACGACACCUCUCUCUCGCCUGCAGGUAUGCAAAAGCUUCAAUUCCUUCAAUGGAUUGCUCAGUGUAAAUCCUUCCCUGGCGAAAAGCUAUGCAUCUGAUUUGCCCUUGAUCCAGCUGGGUGGCAAAUUUUCCUCAAGUAUUAAAGGUGUUGGUAAAACUAGAGCUGCAUUGAUAUCUGGAGAAGGUGACCUUCUGUCUUAUGCCAAUGAGAAAAAUAUUGAAAAUGACACCCUCAAUGGUGAUCGAUCAGUUGGAAUUGAGAUACAACCCGAUACUGUUGCAUUUGGAACCCUGGCAGCUGAUACCGGUCUUGCAGGUGGUAGUUUUCCCAUUGAUAAUGAUGAAUUGGAUUUGGAUAGCCCUACUGAAGGUUUUUCUUCCAUCCCAGAGGCCAUUGAGGACAUCCGCAAAGGAAAGAUUGUAGUAGUUGUGGACGAUGAGGACAGAGAAAAUGAAGGAGAUUUAAUUAUGGCUGCGCAAUUGGCAACUCCUGAGGCCAUGGCUUUUAUAGUGAAGCAUGGAACUGGAAUAGUUUGUGUAAGCAUGAAAGAGGAAGAUCUUGAAAGGUUACAGCUUCCUUUGAUGGUGUCCCAGAAGGAUAAUGAUGAGAAACUUUGUACAGCUUUCACAGUGACUGUGGAUGCCAAACAUGGUACAACCACUGGAGUAUCAGCUUGUGAUAGGGCAACAACAGUAUUGGCUCUUGCAUCCAGAGAUUCAAAACCUGACGAUUUCAACCGCCCUGGCCAUAUUUUUCCAUUGAAAUACAGAGAUGGCGGUGUCCUGAAAAGAGCUGGGCAUACAGAAGCUUCUGUUGAUCUUGCCAUGCUUGCUGGGUUGGACCCUGUUGGAGUUCUAUGCGAGGUUGUGGAUGAUGAUGGUUCCAUGGCUAGAUUACCAAAGCUUCGUAAAUUUGUUGAGCAGGAGAAUUUGAAAAUCAUAUCUAUCGCUGAUUUGAUUAGGUAUAGAAGAAAAAGAGAUAAAUUGGUCGAUCGCUCUGCUAUUGCCAGGAUACCGACAAUGUGGGGGCCAUUUACAUCCUACUGCUAUAGAUCCAUCUUGGAUGGGAUUGAGCAUAUUGCAAUGGUUAAGGGUGACAUUGGGGAUGGACAGGAUAUUCUUGUGAGAGUGCAUUCAGAAUGUCUCACAGGAGAUAUUUUUGGAUCGGCCAGAUGUGACUGUGGAAACCAGCUGGCACUUGCCAUGCAGCAAAUUGAGGCUGCAGGCAGGGGUGUACUGGUGUACCUCCGUGGACAUGAAGGCAGGGGCAUUGGUUUGGGCCACAAGCUUCGUGCUUAUAAUCUCCAGGAUGAUGGGCGUGACACGGUGGAAGCCAAUGAGGAGUUAGGAUUGCCUGUUGACUCCCGAGAAUAUGGCAUUGGUGCACAGAUUCUGAGGGAUUUAGGUGUUCGGACAAUGAAGCUGAUGACAAACAACCCUGCUAAGUAUGUUGGGCUCAAGGGUUAUGGUUUGGAGAUUGUGGGCAGGGUCCCAUUAUUAACUCUGAUUACGAAGGAGAACAGGAGAUAUUUGGAGACCAAGCGUGCUAAAAUGGGUCAUGUCUAUGGGUUAGAAUUUAACGGCCAUUCAAGUAGUCUCAUCGGUGGGAAUGGUACAACGGGUCAGGUCAGUGUUGCAUCUGAUGCUGUUUCUGACGAAGCAUAAGUUAGGCUGCCUGCCCUAUGAUCUUCCAUACUUCAUGGCAUCAAAAAUGGGGAUUUUAGACACAAUUCAAUUCCGAGAUACCGGCAUUUCUGACUCCAGCGAGGGUAGUACUCUUGAUCACAUGGAUUAAUGGGAUUCAGUUCAUAUAUCGUUUUGUUUUGUAGGUUGAACCUGAAUCCAAAACGUUGGUAUAUGCUUUAGCCAAAAGCCCUCAUAAAAACUGUGGCGAAGUGUUUUGUGAUGUCAUUCAUUCUUUUAAUUCUGAACAAGGAAAUUAAUCCCAUUUUUCAUGGAAGGUAGUUUCUGUUUGAUGGCA